CGGGUUGCGCUGCUGCCGUGGCCGGGAGCGGCUUCUUCCACCUCCGCCUCCUCCUCCUGUUCCUCCUCCGCGCGGGGUGCUCGGCUGAGGCGAGGCAGUCGCUGCAUGAACGUUUGUCUCGGGAGUAGGAGCAGCACAAGCAGCCCCCAAAAUGCCGAAGCCGAUCAAUGUUCGAGUUGUUACUAUGGAUGCAGAGCUGGAGUUUGCCAUUCAGCCAAACACUACAGGCAAACAGCUGUUUGACCAGGUGGUUAAAACCAUAGGUUUGCGAGAGGUGUGGUACUUUGGUCUUCAGUAUGUGGACAACAAAGGAUUCCAGACUUGGCUGAAGCUUGAUAAAAAGGUUUCUGCUCAGGAAAUUAGAAAGGAGAAUCCUCUCCAAUUCAAAUUCCGUGCCAAGUUCUUCCCAGAGGAUGUGUCUGAAGAGCUGAUUCAAGACAUCACGCAGAAGCUCUUCUUCCUGCAGGUGAAGGAAGGGAUUCUCAGCGAUGAGAUCUACUGUCCUCCUGAAACAGCAGUACUUCUUGGUUCCUAUGCUGUGCAGGCCAAAUUUGGAGAUUAUAACAAAGAGGUGCACAAGCCUGGAUACCUCAAUUCAGAGCGUCUGAUCCCCCAAAGGGUCAUGGAUCAGCAUAAACUCUCCAGAGAGCAGUGGGAAGAACGGAUUCAGGUGUGGCAUGCUGAACACAGUGGCAUGCUCAAAGAGAAUGCCAUGCUGGAAUACCUGAAGAUUGCCCAAGACCUGGAGAUGUAUGGAAUCAACUACUUUGAAAUCAAGAAUAAGAAAGGAACUGACCUUUGGCUGGGGGUUGAUGCCUUGGGGCUCAACAUCUAUGAAAAGGAUGAUAAACUAACUCCAAAGAUUGGGUUCCCCUGGAGCGAAAUCAGAAACAUCUCCUUCAAUGACAAGAAGUUUGUUAUAAAGCCUAUUGACAAGAAGGCACCAGACUUUGUGUUUUAUGCCCCUCGUCUGAGAAUUAACAAGAGGAUCUUGCAGCUCUGCAUGGGCAACCAUGAACUGUAUAUGCGACGCAGGAAGCCUGACACUAUUGAGGUGCAACAGAUGAAAGCCCAGGCCCGGGAAGAGAAGCACCAGAAGCAACUGGAAAGGAAACAACUAGAAGAUGAAAAGAGGAGGAGGGAGACAAUUGAGAGGGAGAAAGAGCAAAUGCUGAGGGAGAAGGAGGAGCUCCUGGUGAGGCUACAGGAGUAUGAAGUGAAGACUCAGAAAGCAGAGAAAGAGCUCUCAGAUCAGAUCCAAAGAGCCAUUCAGCUGGAGGAGGAAAGGAGACGAGCCCAGGAGGAAGCAGAACGUUUGGAAGCUGACCGUUUAGCUGCUCUGCAGGCCAAGGAAGAGCUGGAAAGACAAACUAUGGACCAAAUAAAGAGCCAGGAACAACUGGCUACAGAGCUUGCAGAGUAUACAGCCAAGAUUGCACUUCUUGAAGAGGCAAGGAGGCGUAAAGAGAGCGAGGUUGAAGAGUGGCAAAUCAGAGCCAGGGAAGCCCAGGAGGAUCUGGUAAAGACAAAGGAAGAGUUACACCUGGUAAUGACUGCUCCACCUCCACCUCCACCACCUGUCUAUGAGCCAGUGAACUACCAUGUCCACGAUAACUUGCAAGACGAAGGCUCUGAGUACUCUGCCUACAGUGCAGAGUUCUCCAGUGAGGGGAUCAGGAAUGACCGCAAUGAGGAGAAGCGCAUUACUGAAGCAGAGAAGAAUGCACGUGUACAGAGUCAACUGAGGGCACUGACAGAUGAGCUGGCCCAGGCUAGAGAUGAAAAUAAGAGGACCCAAAAUGACAUUAUCCACUCAGAGAACAUGCGACAGGGACGUGACAAGUACAAGACGCUGCGGCAGAUCCGGCAAGGCAACACCAAGCAGAGAAUCGAUGAGUUUGAGGCGAUGUAACAAUGCUUGUAAGAAGACAGGACUGUGGGAAAGGCAGAUCUUAAUGCUGUGUUCUUAUUUUGGGGUUUUUUUGUUGUGUUGGUUUUUUGGUUUGUUUUUUUUUUCCUGAGGAGGCAUCACUGUACGACACUUAACAAAUGUUCUCUAAACCCAGAGGUGUUUAAAUCUCCCAUUUAUCCUGUACCUUCUCUGAAAUUUGAUAUAGUUAAAAACUUAUUGUACCACUGAUCCUGGUAUCUUGCUCAUGCCUUUGCUUAGUGCCAAAAGGCCUUAUGUCACAUCUCUCUUUAAGCAAGACAAAUUUUAACAGGCUGUGCUUCUAGUUGAAGAUACAUGUCCUGUGCAGGUGCUGGAUUCAUCCUGGUCUAAAAAAUAAGCAUCUGUGGGUGAAUUUUGUGCCAUACGUCUUUGUAUUAUUAGUUACAGUGUGAAGUCCAGCAGUUGAGAAGACAGGUUCUGGAACUCAGGAUUUGCAAGCACCCGAGUGUGUACAACCUUGCACAUGUGCUUGUACGCCCUGUUUUUUCCUUGGUCUUGAUGCCCAUGUUCCCCCUCCCCAGCCCACCCCCACACACAAAAGAACUGACAACACCUCAGAACUACUUUGUGUAGAAAUUAGGCGUUUUCUGGUUACUGUUCUCAACUGGAGAAUUUCUGCAGUGAUGGCUCAGAAGUGUGGCAUAGGGACACUCAUAUCCUCUUCACGUAACAAGUAGCAAAUACUCUGUUGGAAUCCAAAUACACUACUGUGUUUGCAUUCCAACUUCAUUACUGAUCAGAUAUAGUGUAGUAUUUAUAUAUAUAUAUAUAUAAACAUGCAACAUGUGGAUUGCAGUACUAGUUUAAAGGGAAAUAGUUUUGCUCUGUAUAUUUUGUUACUUUUCAGAUUUAAUAAGACUUGUGUCUGUAAAAAUGCCUAAACAGCACUGUAGUCUGAUACAGUGCAGCUGAUUAUUUACUAUAAAGCAUUAUUUGUAAAGAUCAUUUUUUUACUUAAUGAAAACUGUUAUAUGUACACAUGAUCCAGUAUAUACAAUUUUACUGCACCUAUUUUUCUAACAAAUUUUCUAAUUUUUUUAAAUGUUUGAUUUAAAGUUUCAGACUCCAAAGAUGAAGGGACUGCUUGUUUAUAUCACAGUUGAAUUCUCUCUAGUAGAGAGCAUUUCUGUGACCAUUCUUCCCCCACUCUCCCCCUUUCCUUGAAAAUCUGUUAGAAAGUGAGAUACAGUAUGUUGUCACCUCUUCUCUUCCAUUUACAAUAUCUAUGCUGCAUUAUACGUGAGUAGAAUCUUGUGUGGGGUUUUUUUUAUUUGCAGCAGCAAACAUCUAAAUAAAAGAUCUGCAAAGUAACAAA